GAAGGGAGCGUGGGAAACCUGCUGUCAGCCAGCCCCAACUACUGUUAGCUAGCUCAUAACAGCUAACAUCAACCAAGACAAUAAUGGCAUCACUAACCUCUCCACCCUCGUCUGGCUGCGUGGACUGUGUGCACAUGGCUGGGAAAAUAUCCGAGCUGGAGAGGAGGAUUUCCAAUCUACACCAGAUCCGGGAAGCCGAGGUCCUGUUGGACACCAUUAUCCUCGGAGCAGCGCAGCCGGACUCCCAGGAGACUGACGUCGCGGCUCCCUUCCAAACACCGAGCGUCGUCGGAGCCGCAUCCCGUGGUGAGCCUGGGGACGUCGACCACCAUCCGACAGCUGAGGUCCGUCCACCAGCAGCCACCGCGCACGGGUCCUGGGCACAACUUGGAGCCAGGCCCAGGAUCCCAAUGAGCUCCACACCGUCCCAGGAGGAACCCUGGUCUGUCGUCGGUCCUCGACGGGGGAGAGGGGGGCGUCGCUCCGGCGCACCUCCGCCCGACCACAUACAUCUUCAGAACAGGUUUGACCUCUUCAGCCUCGAGGAAUUUCCUCCCUUGGGCGACGGAACCCGGCCCAUUCGGUCCCCGCGCCGGGCGCCGCGGGCCUCCCCUCCCGCUGUACACGAGCGCCCCGCCGGUCGCAAGAUUCGCCGCUCCAUGCCUAUCUUCACACCAGCUCCGCAGAAAACUUUCACCCGCCGUCCACUCCACCAGUCUCCAGCACCUCCAACACCCCAGCUACUACAUCCCUCCCAGGGACAUCACCCAGACGCACUCAUUGUAGGAACCUCCAUCAUCAGACAUGUCCGUGUAAACAGGUGUAACACAUUCUGCUACCCAGGUGCUCUCGUCAAUGACAUCUCACACUCCGCCCACGAACUUUCACAACAGAAUCCAUCAGUUUCCACCAUCAUCAUCCAUGCAGGCAUCAACGAUCUCAAACUACAGCAGUCAGAGACUCUAAAAAUGGACUUCAUCUCACUCAUCCAAACCAUCAUACACUUAAAGAAACACUGCAUCAUCUCUGGUCCACUUCCAUCACCCCGGUUUGGAGACGUCAAAUUUAGCCGUGUACAACAACUCCACAUCUGGCUUAAAGGUUACUGCACCACACACAAUAUUCCAUUUGUAGACAAUUUCACAACUUUUUACAAUAGACCAUAUCUUUUCAAACGUGACGGCAUUCAUCCAAACCACACAGGUUCCAGACUCCUAUCCACAAACAUAAAUCUGACUGUACAUUCCCAUAAACCAUUCACAGAUUGACAAUAUACCAACCCCACAUCCACCAGCACCCCCAUCCACACACCAGGUCCACAAUCAGACAUCUCCGCC